AUGACCGACGCCUCGAACACAUCUACGGCUGGCUCUGAUGCCACAGCUCUACCGCAAGAAACCGUUGAUUUUGCCCACCGCAUAUUCGAUGCUGCCCGCAACGAUCAGUCCGAACUUCUCCUAGCGGCUGUCGAUGCAGGGCUUCCAGUUAAUCUAACCAAUGAAAAAGGCAACACCCUCCUCAUGCUGACCGCGUACAGCGGGCAUCUGGAACUCACGAAGCAGCUUCUCGAGCGUAAAGCAGAUCCCAACAGAUUGAACGAUAACGGGCAGUCGAUUGUCGCGGGGUGCGUCUUCAAGGGCCACGAUGAUGUUGUUCGCCUGCUAGUUGAGCGUGGCGCGGAUGUCCGUCUGGGAAAACCCAAUGCCAUCCAGACAGCCCAUAUGUUUGGUCGCCAGGACUUGAUGGAGUUGUUGGGAGCGAGGGAUGGAGAUAUAGACGCAUCGGUACCUACUCCGAUCGGACCCCCGGCUUGA